AUGUUAAGUCUAAACGGCAAGGUCACUUUUGACCAUGUCAAUCCCAACUCCGAAACGAGCACUGAUGCUCGACAAGAGCUUGCUCAUCUUGACUACUCCCCUCUCAAGCGGGUAUCAGGCCGGAGUUUCUGUAUGGGUCUCUUAGUGUCCAUGGGUGGUCUGAUCUUUGGAUACGACACUGGUCAAAUAUCGGGCUUUCAAGAAAUGCCCGACUUCCUACAACGAUUCGGCGAGCUGCAACCCGACGGGUCUUACGGGUUCAGUACUGUACGAUCCGGCCUGAUUGUCGGUCUGCUGUCGAUAGGCACCCUGGUCGGGGCCCUCAUCGCCGCCCCCUUCGCGGACAAGUUCGGGCGGAGGCCAUCAAUAUGCUUUUGGAGCAUCAUUGUCGCCGUUGGGUUCGUCAUCCAGGUCGCCUCGAGCUCCUCCUGGCAGCAGUUCAUGAUCGGCCGGCUGGUCGCGGGCUUUGGCGUCGGCGCACUGAGCCUGCUGGUGCCCAUGUUCCAGGCCGAGACCGCCCCUCCAUGGAUCCGCGGCGCCCUCGUGUGCACGUACCAGCUGUUCAUCACGAUGGGCAUCUUCCUCGCUGCAUGUUUCAACUAUGGCACGUACACACACCAGCGGGAUAACUCCGGCUCGUGGCGCAUCGUCGUCGGCCUUGGCUGGCUCUGGACGCUGAUUCUUGGUGUCGGCAUCUGGGGCUUCAAGGAGACCCCGCGGUAUGUCUACCGCCAGGGCCGUAGCGCAGAGGCAAAGGAGACUCUGCAACGUGUGUACGGUGCUCCAGACAACCACUACGCUAUCUAUAUACAGAUGGAGGAGCUGGAGCACAAGUUCCGCGCUGAGAUGCAGCAGAAAGGAACAGGUCCUAUUGCCGGCAUGGUUGACAUGUUCAAAGCCCCUAGAAUGGCAUAUCGGAUUGCCCUUGGAAUCAUGCUUCAAAUGUUUCAGCAGCUUACUGGUGCCAACUACUUCUUCUACUACGGAACGAUCUCAUCAUUUGUCACGCAACUGAUUCUCAACGGAAUCAACUUCGGAGUAACAUUCAUCGGACUGUACCUCGUGGAGCACUACGGCCGACGCAAGUGUCUCGUGGCUGGAUCCAUUUGGAUGUUUGUCUUCUUCAUGGUUUUCGCAUCUGUGGGUCACUUCGUUCUCGAUGUUAACGACCCAUCGAGCACUCCCGAAGCCGGCAUCGCACUUAUUGUCAUGGCUUGUUUGUUCAUCUUGGGCUACGCGACGACCUGGGGGCCUAUGGUCUGGACGCUCAUUGCAGAGAUCUACCCUUCCAAGUACCGUGCAAAGGGCAUGGCUCUGGCAACAGCAAGCAACUGGACAUGGAACUUCCUCAUUGCCUUCUUCACGCCGUUCAUAACCGAAGAUAUCGACUUUGCGCUGGGCUACGUCUUUGCUGGUUGCAACUUGGUCGCCGGCAUAUUGGUAUAUUUCUUCGUCAUUGAAGGCCAGGGCAGAACGUUAGAAGAAAUAGAUACGAUGUAUCUAGAACGAGUGAACCCGCGCCAGUCGGCCAAGUGGGUCCCUCCCUCAGCAGAGGAGAUGGCAAGAAUAAGGAGGAAGGCUGGUAUGGAAGAGUUGCCCAGCGACGGCGAGAAGGAGAGCAGCGACGGUGGUGUUUUGCAUAGAGCAACUUUGCAGCACAGACGGCUUGUGGAGGUGGCCAGGGGGUACCGGAGGGAUGGUCCCUGCGACAACGUGCUGAACGCUUGCCCGAUUGCCAAAUCCUCCCAGCCGGUAUAUGUCGCCGCGCGAGUUGUGCUGAUGACCGCGGCAGUCGAGUCAACAACCCAGGACCAACAUCAGGCAAAUCCGGGCAGCGGCAGAUUACGCGAGCGCCGACUCUUGCCCAAGCGCCGGACAUUUCUCACCACUUUGAGACCCGGGUCCCCAUCUGCUGUGGAUAUGAGCACGGACAAUCAGUCUGUUCAGGCUCGAACUCUCCACAGAUUCCACAGCCCACUGCGCACCGCCGACCACAGCAGCAGGGCAUGGUCCGUGUUGACUGUCAACAUUCUUUUCAUAUGUCUGGUGGCUAUCUUUGUCUCUCUGAGGGCUUUCACCAAGCUGUCCAUGACAAGGAAGUUGUAUCUGGAUGACUACCUCAUGAUCGGUUCCGCCUUCUGGUUCUUCUCAUUCUGUGCUGUCAACCUCGCCGCUGUGCCCGUUGGUGUCGGACGACAUAUUUGGGAUCUACCAGGCGAUACCAAAGAGGAGCAAUUCGCCGUCGCCACCCGGGUCCAGAAACUCAAUUACCUCGCCCUCAUCCUGCUCUCACCCUCCAUCGUGCUGGCCAAGAUCUCAGUCAUCGCCACCCUACUGAGGAUCUUUCCCAAUCCACUGAAAUACCUUCGACUCUUCCUUUUUGCCACAGCUGCUCUUGUCAUCCUGUGCUGCACGUGCCAAGCCUUCUUGGUCAUCUUCCAGUGCUCGCCUGUGCAAUUCAGCUGGGUCAUUGGAGGGCCGGAGCAAGGAAAGUGCUACGGACUCGAGACGGUGGUCCUUGCCCUGGGGAUCGUGAACGUCGUGACCGACUUUGUGAUAUGCCUCACUCCUAUCCCGUAUUUUCUGAGGUUGAAGAUGCCGGCAGCACAGAAGGCAUGUCUUUGUGCCCUGUUUCUGACUGGGCUGAUUGCCUGUGCCUUCAGUAUUGUCAGGGUUGUGUCUCUUCGGGGUUUGGCCGACAACAUUGACGUUACUUUUGUCACCGUCUCUUACUACAACUGGUCUGUGGUUGAGACAGGUUUCAUUAUCAUUACUGGCUCUGUGCCGGCGCUGAGGCCACUGCUGCAAACCAUUUUGCCAGAAUUCUUCAAGUCAAACAACUUCCCUUCGCUGUUCUCUUCACCUCGAAGAAGCGUCUGGAAGAAUGUUGACUCAUCAGCAUCAACGAAGGGAAUAAUUACCGUCACAAAGGAGUACGAAGUUGUGGAAUUGAAGAAGUCGGAUACGCAAGAUGUAUAA